CUAGACAUGUAAAAUGGCUAUUCUGAUGAUUUGGAUUGAACUAAAAGUUCAUUACUGCCCAAGCAGUUGCAGAUUUUUAAUUCCUGGCCUGCGAGGUCUUUUCAGCCCGAUGGAAAACUGCACAGACUGUCAUAUUCUCUAGAAUUUAAAAAUAAAGCCAAUUAACCUUCAUUUAUCUGGAUCAGGUCCAGUGGCUGACCUAGGUAAUAGUGCUGGCAUUCAUUCAUAACUUAAUGGUUUUUACAGGUUCCUCUAAGACAACAGAAUAUUUGAAAUUUGAAAUUAUCUGUCCUUGAGGGAGAGAGUUUUCUUUUUGCAUGGGUGCAGGAUUUAUUGCUGCACUGGUGAGUUGCUGAUAGCACCUAUUUUACACUCUUACCAAAUUUGUAACAUAAGUAACAAAACCAAAACUUUUAAAAAAUGUGCUACAUGUAGAUGAUCAAAAUUCUUGCCCCUGAAGAAAUGAUACUGAGGUCUGAGUUGUUCAUCUGGUUUUAUUUCUUUAGUGAUCUUUUCAUAAAGUAGACUCACCAAAAAUUGGACUAGGUAGGUUUUUUCCAAAAACAUGUAGACUUCUGCCCACCCCUGUCCCACAGUCUUCUCUGGUUUAUUUUUAUUUGGGGUUUAUAUAACCACAAUAAAACUGAGAAAUUGCAAUCUAUAUUAAAAAUAGAUACUGAUAGGUAUCUUUUAAGGAGAUUUUCAGCAAACAAGACCUUUGUCAGAGGCAUGGUUUUCAAAAACCAUUGGUCAGACCCAUUGGCACGCUACCGCAGUGUGAAGAUGAGUGUUUGAGUAUUGGUUGUUGAAAGUUUUCUGAGCCUGUGGAAAGCUGAGUCUUUUGGUGCUUAUAAAACCUCUCUUGCCUAGGCAACAAUAGUGUGUUGAAGGCUGAAUGCUCAGUGAAAGGUUUCCAUAAAGUGUGAUCUCAUAUAUCAAUGUGGUACUUUUACCAGGGGCUUUCCCUGACUCCAGCAGCUGUGGCAUGCCUGCAGAUUCCACCCAAAAGUGAGUCAGUGCUCUCACACAGCACUUUCCGAAUUCUCUCUGGUUUAUUUUCCAACAAGUCCAACUAUGGUCUGAAGCAAAGGGCACAUGAUGUAACAGUUUUUUUCCUUGCUAUGGUUUUAGGGAGGAAGAACACCAGCUCGUGCGUGGUGGUUAAAAACCAGAGUGGGACCUAUGCACACAUGGAGUAGAGAUGGCCUUUGCCAGCGAGAUAUUUGUGCUCCCAUUGCAGUUUUGUCAGGCACUAAAUGAUUCUUCCAAAUCAUUUGCUCAAAAUCCUUUUGAAGGCUGAAAGCUUUAUAUUUCUUCUCAGAAAAGAAGUGUUAUUUUAUCUAUAUUAAUAGAAAAAGAUGCACAAGAACUCUUGAAAGUAAAUUGCCAAAGUUUCUAAGUACAAUACAUUUUUAAGGUGAAAUACCCCAAACAGAAUUUUUUUUUGUGCUAAUAGGGAAAUUUUAGAAACUAGUAUAUUUGGCAAGGAUAACAUUUCAUCCCUAUAAAUGCGGAGCCCAAAGAUACUUGUGUCUGUUGUGAAGAUGCAUUACAGAGGAAUAAACCAAGUGACACUUUAGCAAAAAUCUGGUCAGCAAAAGGUGCAAACAUCUAGACUUCUAAGCGGAGGGCUAUAUUCUCUGGCAGCUCUCAUAGGCACUGAAAUACCUACUGCAGGAUUUUUUUAAAAGGUCUGUGUUAUUUUCCAGUAACAUCUGGAAGUGAUUUAUUAUCAAAAAUUGCUGCUUUCCAUCUCUAAACCAAUCUCUGUAUAAAACAGUACAGAAGUCUGCAAGUAGUUGAAUUUUUGUCAGGCUGGAUUGUUAAACAAAUUAAAACUGAAACUUAAUUAUGUUGUCCUGUAUUGUAUUAUGUUUAGGGCCUGAAAUAAAAUGUCUGGCACACACUUUUAUUUAUGUACAAUAAAAAUGCUAUCACAACUGGAAUUUAAUGCAGACCUGCCAUCAACCUGUUUAAUGGGAGGGAUGUCUUGGCUUGGGAGUUAGACUUCCCAAAACUCAAUUGCAACUGUCACAUGGAUGAUAUACCUUCAGGAAGAGGUGAAGAUUAGUCAAAUAGCUGUGCUUUUUCAUUGUUAAGACAUAUUUGAAAAGAAAGCAGCAGCUAUAGAGUCACUGCAGAAUGAUAUUUACAGCUAACAGGAAAUAGAAUAAGCUGAUGAAAGCCUUCACUCCUUGUGUCUUCAGCCAUGUAGGUGCUGCUAAGCUCCUUCUUGAGUUAAUGAGCAACCAUAAUGAAGGUGGUCAUAAUUCUCAUCUCAAAAAUUCCUUUGGCUGGGAAAGCCUUGAUAAAAGUCAUCAAUAUCAGCGAGGGAAGUGUGGAAAAAAAUUAUAUACAUAGAAAUUUUGUAUUGUAAAGUCUGUGUUUUAGUGUAAAAAAUGCUCAGUUAUUUGCCAAGAAAACACCUCAGGAAGAAAUUUUCUUACAUACUCUGUAAGCUUAGGUGUGCUCUGCUUUCUGUUCUGGGGUGACAUAGGGCUCCUUCAGCUCCCCAAACUGAGCUUUUGGAUGGGUUUUGCAUUGUGGUGCCAGUGCCUGUGAAGUUAGCCUAGGUCUGACCUCCACAUUGCCCUUGCUACCCCCUAGGACUAGGAUACUUUGGAUGAAUACUUUGAGUAUGAAGCUGAGGAGUUCCUGGUCUCCUUGGCCUUGCUGAUCACUGAGGGCCGGACACCAGAGUACUCGAUCAAGGGCAGGACAGAGGGCUUUCACUGCCCCCCAGCACAGUCAAGUCAGCCCCCAACAACUAAGCAUGAAUGCAGCGACAAACUGGCUCAGUGUCGUCAGGCCAGGCGAACCAGAUCUGAGGUGAUGCUUCUGUGGAAGAACAAUAUUCCAAUCAUGGUAGAAGUGAUGCUACUUCCAGACUGUUGCUAUAGUGAUGAAGGGCCCACCACAGAGGGGAAUGAUUUAAAUGAUCCUGCCAUCAAACAAGAUGCAUUGCUGUUAGAAAGGUGGAUUUUGGAGCCAGUUCCUCGACAGAGUGGAGAUCGAUUUAUUGAAGAGAAGACCCUGUUAUUGGCUGUUCGCUCCUUUGUUUUCUUCUCUCAGCUGAGUGCGUGGCUGAGUGUCUCACAUGGUGCUGUUCCCCGAAACAUCCUGUACAGGGUGAGCGCUGCAGAUGUGGACUUGCAAUGGACGUUCUCCCAGACACCCACUGAGCAUGUCUUUCCUGUUCCUAAUGUUUCUCACAAUGUGGCCUUGAGGGUCAGCGUCCAGUCCUUGCCCAGGCAAUCCAACUAUCCAGUUCUGACCUGUAGUAUUCACACCAACCUUAGCUUUUAUGAAAAGCAAAUGCAAGAGCGUAAGUUCCAUCAGCACAGUGAUCCCAGUGCUGCUCAGCAAUGCAGUGCUCCCAGCCCACAGCGUUUUCGUGGGAAACAGACAUGGACAAUGACACCUGAAGGUCUACUUAAUGGAAAAAAGAUGCCUGAAUUUACUACAACUUUUAGAAAUUUAAAACUUUAUCCAUCUACCGGACGUGGAUCUGACUUGGGGGCAUCGCAGUCUAAAGUUCAGUGCUAUAAUGCCGCAGCAGACAACAAGACACAAUCUCAUGAAACGCCAGUCAGAACUUUUAAAUCCUAUUCUCUAGUAGAUUCCCGUGUUUCAAACAGUCAUUGCUCUCAUCAGCCCACAGGGGAAACCAAUCCUUUGAUAGGCUCUUUACUUCAGGAGCGACAAGAAGUCAUUGCAAGGAUUGCUCAGCACUUGAUUCACUGUGAUCCAGCUACUUCACCAGUUGUUGCUGGGCGUCCAUUCACCACACAUGAAAACAUCUCGGCUACACCAAAAGCUUUUCGGAGUACUUUUGAAGAGGAGAACUUGCCAAGGAAAAGCAAGGAAAGCUCCCCCGUUCCUGCUGCCAACUUAGACAAUGCAGUACAGGAAGAUGGUGGUGAAGGCAAAACUAGGGCAGUGCCAGAGGUCACCCUCCUCAAUGCCCGUGUUCCAGGGAACCACUGUGGCCGUCAGUCGGCAGGAGAGAGCAACCCCCUGAUUGAUUCCCUGCUCCAGGAGCGGCAGGAGGUGAUAGCAAGGAUUGCCCAACACUUGAUUCAUUGUGAUCCAGCUACUUCCCAUGUUGCUGGACGUCCAUUCAAAGUGCAUGAGGCUAGUCCAGUCACGUCAAAAAUUUUCCAGAGUACAUACGAAGAUGAAAAUUUGCUGAAGAAAGGCAAGGAACCUUUUGCUAAAUCAAAUUUUUCUUUGUUAACAGACAGCAGUAAAUCAGGGACAAAGACACCUGAUACUCCUAUCAGUCCUUCUAGGUUUGAUGGAGAAUUGAAGACUUCUCUGAAAGUCCAAGCAAGAAGAAAAUUGGUUUUAGUAAAACCCAGUGAAACUGUCCAAAAUGCAUUUCACCAGCCUUCAAAUAAAACUUCUCAUGCGUUUAGUAGCAUUCACACAUCAUCGUCAUGUAUUAGAGAAAAUAAAUCUGAAGUUCCAGAAAAAUUGGAAAUUCAUUCUGGUUCUGCACAGAAAGACCAGAUAACCAAUAGAUUUAAACAGGGUUCAAAUUCAAGCAGCACUGAUGAACAGAUUUGCACAAAUAAACUUAAAGAAAGAACAGUUGUUAGUGAGAACAAUGGCACAGACAGUUUUAAUAAUUUGCAGAUGGAAAAAUGCAGAAUACUUGAAGGUACAAAAAAAGCAACUGUGGUGCCGGUAUCUGACUCUUUGCACAAAAAUGAGCUCAAGUGUUUAGACAGAGACUCCAAAAAACCAAAUAUUUAUGAGCAAAAUACUCAGCUUGUUAGUAUUGAAAAUUAUUUAAAUAAAGACCAUGACAGUUUCAAAAGCAAAACCAAACAAGAUAAAACUAAAACUGCACAUGAUGAGAAUGAAGACCCAACGGUCCUCGAUUUUCAAAGCACUUCUCAGAAGAAACCUGCAGAAGACAAUGCAGCUAAGUGUGAGCGGCAGAGGAACCCAGAUGUACAGAAAGCACCAUCUCUAAAACACACAAAUACAUGGCGGAAACACAGUUUUCGAUCCCUGGAUGGAACUUCAACCAAGGCUUUUCAUCCCAGAACUGGACUGCCUCUGCUUUCAAGUCCUGUUCCUCAAAGGAAAACACAGUCUGGGUGCUUUGAUCUGGAUUCAUCAUUGUUGAAAUGUCUGUCUGCAAGAAGCCCACAACAAUGUAUAAACAGAGACGGUGAUCCAGACAGCCAUGGGAAACCAUUUCUAAGUUCUAGUGCUCCACCAGUAACAAGUCUAAGCCUUCUGGGAAACUUUGAGGAAUCUGUCCUGAAUUUCCGCUUGGACCCGCUGGGUGUCGUGGAGGGUUUCACAGCAGAGGUGGGAGCAAGUGGAGUCUUUUGUCCCACGCACAUGACUCUGCCAGUUGAAGUGUCAUUCUACAGCGUUUCAGAUGACAAUGCGCCCUCUCCUUACAUGGGUGUAAUUACUUUAGAGUCCCUUGGUAAAAGGGGUUAUCGGGUACCGCCUUCAGGAACAAUACAAGUGACCUUAUUUAACCCUAACAAAACUGUGGUGAAGAUGUUCGUGGUGAUCUAUGACUUGAGAGAAAUGCCAGCUAAUCAUCAAACAUUCCUACGGCAAAGAACUUUUUCUGUUCCUGUGAGACGAGAAAUCAAGCGAUCUGUCAAUAAAGAAAACAGUCACCAGACUGAAGAAAGGCUACUACGCUACCUCAUACAUCUGAGGUUCCAGAGUUCUAAAUCUGGAAAGAUCUACCUCCACAGAGAUGUAAGGCUCCUAUUCUCUCGGAAAUCCAUGGAAGUUGAUAGCGGCGCUGCAUAUGAACUCAAAUCUUACACUGAAUCUCCAACAAAUCCUCAGUUUUCACCAAGAUGCUAGCAAACAAUGGCAAACUAAAGUAUUCAUUUUACUGUUGAGUACUCCUUGCAAGCAAAGAUUGGUAGAGACAACAGUAUAAAGUUAAGUGUGUAAAGGAAUAAAAAUAGCGCUCAAGAGAAAGAAGAAGGUUCUGUGUGAUCCUGGACCAGUUUUUAAAAGGUUUCUGGAAUGAGCUUUGUGUAUUCCAAGUAGACUGGAAACAUACUUAAAUCUAAUCUUUUUGUACUGUUUAAAACCACUUCUUUGGAUGUGUUGCAAUAGCAAAUUCCCAAGUUAGUUUAGUGUUUACACUUUUUAUUUUAUUUUUCAGUUAUUUAAUAUUUAAUGUUUCAUUUAAUACUCAAGUGAUGUUUGUCUUUAGUGUUCUAAUGUAGCAUAAAUCCUAUGUAAAAUCAUACUAUGUAUUUUUGGCAUUAAUAUUGAAAUCUGAAAUAUAUACAGAUGUCUUUAAUCUGUGUGCUGUUUUAAGUGAUAUUCAUUUAAGUUAUUGAAAAUGGGGACAACAGGUGAAUUUCCAUGACAUUUCAUACUAUGCAAGCAUUUAGCUGUUUUUUCUCUUUAAUGGUACCAUUUUCCCUUUUUUUCUCACAUCCAGAUUUAAUAACACUUGCAACCACAUUGCAGAUUGUUAUUUACUUAUGCAUUCAGAUCAUUAACUCAAUUCACAUUUUGCUCCCUCAAUUUCUUUUCUCUCCUUAAGGGCCAUUUUAAUUUUGCUUCCUGUUAUUAGUUUUCCUCACAUAAAAUUUGCACCCUCCCCCAUUUUAUUUCUCAAAUGGUGUUAAAGGAUGUACUGUGCAAACAAAUUAGUAUUUAUAUCUCAAAUAUAUGCAAAAGCUAUGAAACUUGUACUUUUUGUUUUAUUUUUAGAUGAGAGGAUCUUCAUGUAAUCCUAAAUAUUUUUCAUAGGUCGAUUCCAUGUAGGCCACUAGGUGGCCAUAGGAAGUUUUACUAGCAAUGCUACACUGGGCAUAUUACUAUUUUCAUGUGUGUAUUCCUAAACAAAACAGUCAGAUGAACAGUUUAUGCUAAGUGUUAAACUGUGUAACUGAGAGAAAUAAAGUUAGAAGCAUUUGAUUAUAUUUUAGCUAUAUAUUUAAUAAUGGAAAUGAAGCUUUAUGACAUUUGAUGAAGAUCUGUGUUUCUCAACUGUCUUACUUUGAUUUGUGUUUUUCUUUACUUUGCUGUAGGUUUUUAGAGUGUCAGUAAUAUGCAAGGUGUCCUUUAACAUGCUUAUCUGAUGAAGACUGGAGAAAGGAUGAAUGUGCAUCUUGUAUAUUCAGCAUUGCCCUUAGAUGAGAGAAGUCAGUGUAUCAUGAAAUCUCCAGGAAGUCUGCCAGGGAACGUAAGGGAGACUGGACUUUCCAGACGACACUUAUCAACUAUCUUGUACAUGCUGCUCCAGAAGGGCAAAGCUCAAAUAUUUCUGAGUCCCUUCCCCACUUCAGCAGUGUUUUCUACUCUGUUAUACCAGAUUUUCAAAGGUUACCUAGCAUUCAUUUUAGAGAGAAUUGGGGAAAACAGGAAGAGAUUGUUUGCAUUUUCUAGUCAUUUGUGCGCCUCUUAAAACCAAGAAAAGGUUUCUUUUGGUAGCAGAAGAGUCAAACACCACUGUAGUGUACUGUGUACAGAACUAUGGUCUGGACUAGGAUAUCCAGAGGGUGUCCUACUUUCUGUGUAGCUGCUGUUGAGUCAUAAGCAAACAGCAUGUAUCCUCAAACUACUUAUUUGUGUCAUGGUGCACAGCUUGCUUGCAUGUGCAAUGAAAAAAAGCAUGAGGAAAGGACACAUUUUUAAUGAAAAGUCAGCAUUCCCCUGUCAUAGACUAACUUUUUAUUUUGCACUGACAUUAUGCAAUGUUUGUAUCUUGAUAACUUUAUUUAAAUAGACUUCAAGUCAUCUCCCUUCAUUAAUUUGCUUUGAAUAGCAAAGAAGUGUGGAUUUUGAGUAUGUGGUUACUGCAAGUCACAUCUGGGAAAUAAAUUUGUAUUCACUUUAAUAGUCAAA